CGCAGGUGAGUCGCUUCUCUUCUCCGUCUCGCCGACCCCGGUGGCAUGGGCUCGGAUGGGCGUGAAUGUGGGGGUGGCUUCUACGCCUUCACAUGGCUUUGGUCCUACCCUGAUAAAUGCCCAUCCGUUCCCGCGCCCUCCACAUGCCCAAAGCCCAAGCGCUCCAUGCCCUCUUACUGCCUCCAAGACUGUCAUUAUUUCUACCGCAGUGCCCUGCGGUUGCUCAACAUUCCCACCCAAAUCUCUCCUCUGUACGCUUGAUUUCUGAUACCCCGAGCCAUGGCAGUCCGCACCUUUACCCAGCCCAGCUCUCUCGCCGAAUCCUUAUCCAACGGCAACGGCACCACCACCACUACUACGACCAACGCCGGCACCGUCAAGAUGAACGGUGAACACCGCUCCGCUGAGGCGGCAAAGUCUACCCUUACCAAAGACUACUCGAAAGCCGAGACGAACCCUCUCGCUGCCGACACGAACCCCGAGUCCAAGCCCGGCGUCACGUUCGCCGCCCAGGACAAGCUCCCCAAGCUCCCCAUCCCCGACCUGGAGUCGUCAUGCGAGAAGUACCUGGCCGCAUUAAAACCCCUUCAGUCCGCAAAGGAGUACCGCGACAGCGAAGCCGCCGUCCGCGAGUUCUUGAAGAGUGACGGCCCGGAGCUGCAGGACAAGCUGAAGAACUACGCCGCCGGCAAGGCGAAUUACAUUGAGCAGUUCUGGUACGACUCGUAUCUGAACUUCGACAACCCCGUUGUCCUGAACUUGAACCCCUUCUUCUUGCUGGAAGAUGACCCUACCCCCGCAAGAAACAACCAAGUCACCAGAGCAGCGUCCCUGGUUGUCUCAUCCCUCUCGUUCGUUCGCGCCGUACGGAAAGAAGAGCUGCCGCCCGACAACGUCAAGGGCCAGCCGCUCUGCAUGUACCAGUACUCGAGACUAUUUGGCACCGCCAGGAUACCGACGGAAAACGGCUGUCAGAUUGGCCAGGACCCCUACGCUAAGCACAUAGUCGUGCUCGACCGCGGACAGUUCUACUGGUUCGACGUCUUGGACGACAACAACGAUCUCAUUAUGACGGAGAAGGACAUUGCCCUCAACCUGCAAGUCAUCGUCGACGACGCGUCGCACAUUCCCAUCCAGGACACGGCAAAGAAUGCGCUGGGCGUUCUCAGCACGGAGAACCGCAAGGUGUGGUCGAGUCUGCGAGACGUGCUGCACCGCGAAGAAGGCUCCAACAACUCGGACUGCCUCAACAUCAUCGACUCGGCCCUCUUCAUCCUCUGCCUCGACUACACGGAGCCGCUGACCAGCGCCGACCUGUGCAUGAACAUGCUCUGCGGCACCAACAAGGUCGAGAAGGGCGUCCAGGUGGGCACGUGCACGAACCGCUGGUACGACAAGCUGCAGAUCAUUGUGUGCAAGAACGGCAGCGCGGGCAUCAACUUUGAGCACACGGGCGUGGACGGACACACGGUGCUGCGGUUCGCAAGCGACGUAUACACAGACACAAUCUUGCGGUUCGCGCGCUCCAUCAACGGGCAGGCGCCCAGCCUGUGGGCGUCGGAGUCGCCGGACCCGUCGAAGCGCGACCCGGCGUCGUUUGGCGACGUCAACACGACGCCGCACAAGCUCGAGUGGGACAUGCUGCCGGAGCUGAGCACGGCGCUGCGGUUCGCCGAGACGCGACUGGCGGACCUGAUCCAGCAGAACGAGUUCCAGACGCUCGAGUUCGGCCACUACGGCAAGACGUUCAUGACGUCGAUGGGCUUCUCGCCCGACGCCUUCGUGCAGAUGGCCUUCCAGGCCGCCUACUACGGCCUCUACGGUCGCAUGGAGUGCGUCUACGAGCCCGCCAUGACCAAGAUGUUCUACCACGGGCGCACGGAAGCCAUCCGGCCCGUGACGGAAGCCUCAGUCGAGUUCGUGCAGACGUUCUGGGGCGAAAACCCGCCGCAAGCCAAGGUCGACGCGCUGCGCCGCGCGUGCGAAAACCACACGGCCGUGACGCGCGAGUGCGCCAAGGCGCAAGGCCAGGACCGCCACCUCUACGCGCUGUACUGCAUCUGGCAGCGGGCGCUGGACGAGGAGGCCGCCACCAGCUCCUCCUACGGCGCCAGCUUCGAGUACAGCACCGGGCCGUCGAGCCCGACAGGCAUGUCUGACGGGGCGGUAGGCUCGGACGCGGUCGUCGGCAGCCCCGGACGGGCCUCGCUGCUCUCGGACGAGGGCGCCGGCGCCGGCAUGAGCAUCUCACGCUCGCCGCCGCGGUCCCCCACCACAGCCGCUGCCGCGCAACACAGCAUGCCAGCGCUGUUCGCGGACAGCGGCUGGGACCGCCUAAACACGACGAUCCUGUCGACGUCGAACUGCGGGAACCCAUCUCUCCGCCAAUUCGGCUUCGGCCCUACCAGCGGCGACGGCUUCGGCAUCGGCUACAUUAUCAAAGACGGCAGCGUGAGUAUCUGCGCUAGCAGCAAGCAUCGCCAAACCGCGCGCUUUAUCGACGCCCUAGAUGCGUAUUUCUUGGAGAUGCGGAAGCUGCUGCGCUUGACGAGGCGGAGGGGGACGAGCGGUGGUGGCGCGAAGGGCGCGAGUCGUGCCCGGGAGGCGGAUGUUGCCCGCGCGAGGAAAGAGGAUUCGGCGGAUGCAAGGAUCAAGGCGAGGGGCAGGGUUGUUGGUGUUGGUGCGGGGGUUAAUGGCCUUGCUGGUGUGGGUGGGAAGGGGGAGGCGGAGAGGGCGAGUGCGCGGACUGGUUCUGCGGGGGAGGGCGAGAGCGAUGACGAGUUGGGGGGGUGUAAGUUUCUUUUUCUUUUCUUUCCCCUUUUUCCUUUCACUCCACUUCACUUCCUUUCCCUUUCAGCCCACAACCAAACCCCCGAAUCCAGAACACAAACUGCAAAACAUAAAACAAACCACAAAAAGCUAACGCAUCACCCCCGCACAACACAGACGGCUUCUUCGACUCGGGCAUGCUGCAAGCGGCGCUCAAGGCGCGCGCGGACAGAGCCGACGCCGCGGCCAUGAGCGAGAGCAAGGAGGUGGUGCGCAGGAAUAUCGGACGCCGGCUGCAGCUGGUGGAUUAUUAGUGAGUUUUUGCUGAGUGAUGUGUGCUGUUUCUUCUUUUCUCUGGCCGUUGCUUUUUCGUUGCUUGGUUUCGUUUUUGUGUGCGCUGCGUACCUGCGUGUGUGCGUGUGGCUUUUUGACAGAACUGGGUGUAACGAGUUUGCAGUAGUUGAGUGUGUCGCGUACGUAUGCGCGCUUGUGUGUGGGAAGGUGGGAUGGAAGGGUGGGGGAUGGAGAGGGAGGGGGAGAUAGAGGGAGGAGCGAAGAGGGAGAGGGGGAGGCCGUGUAUAAACUGAGGAAAAUGAACUUGAUGGGAAGUAUCUAUCUAUCUACUGUAUCUACUGUAUCUACGGUUGGAUGAAUGAAUUUAUGAUGGUAUGAUAUGGGUUGCUGUUGUUGCUGUUGUUGUUGCUAUGGGUUACUGGACAUGUGCUGUACAC